UUUCUCAUCUUUCUACAGUUUUAAGUAUUCGAGGGGCACAAGAAGAGGAACCACCAGAUCCCCAACUGAUGCGACUAGACAACAUGCUUAUAGCGGAGGGUGUAGCCGGGCCAGAGAAGGGCGGUGGCUCCGCGGCGGCCGCAGCAGCUGCAGCAGCUUCGGGUGGCGGGCCGGGCCAACCAGACAACGCCAUCGAGCACUCAGACUACCGGGCCAAGCUGGCGCAAAUCAGACAGAUCUACCACACCGAGCUUGAGAAAUAUGAGCAGCAGGCCUGUAACGAGUUCACCACACACGUCAUGAACCUCCUGCGAGAGCAGAGUAGGACGAGACCCAUCGCGCCCAAGGAGAUCGAGCGAAUGGUCAACAUCAUCCACAGAAAGUUCAACGCCAUCCAGGUCCAGCUGAAGCAGAGCACGUGCGAGGCGGUCAUGAUACUCCGGUCCAGGUUUCUGGACGCAAGGAGGAAAAGGAGAAAUUUCAGCAAGCAAGCGACAGAGAUCUUAAACGAAUAUUUCUACUCCCAUUUGAGCAACCCAUACCCCAGUGAAGAAGCGAAAGAGGAGUUGGCACGGAAGUGUGCGAUAACGGUGGCACAGGUUUCAAAUUGGUUCGGCAACAAGAGAAUUCGCUACAAGAAGAACAUCGGCAAGGCACAGGAAGAGGCCAAUCUCUAUGCAGCCAAGAACGCCGCGGCCGCGGUCUCGGUGGCGACGUCACAGCACGACGGCAACCAGAGCCAACCGCCCUCGGCGCCCAGCACGCCCACGGGCAAUGGUAGCAAUCCCGGUUCAGGAGGGUACAUGUCAUCCCAGAGCCAAAUGGUCAGUCAGGAAGGCUCGUUCAUGAACCUCCAGAACGGAGACAGCUACAACAUGGCCAACCAGGUCGGCGCCAACGUCCAGUCACAGGUAGCUAGCCUGAGGCAGGUCAUAUCUCAGACAGGGGGCUACGGUGGGGACUCCCUACCCCCGCACACCCAGCCCCACUCCAUGUAUGACCCCAGCAUGACCCAGUAUGCCAGCCAGCACGUGUCAGGCCGCGCCAGCGGGGGUGAGGUGGUGGGCGCGUCGUGACGGUCGCCAGGCGAGACAUGGCCAUGAGUCUUUAGGGGAUUGAUUAUAACAAAAAAAAAUGUGCCACCGAUUAUUUCCUCGCAUUGAACUGUUGCAAAAAUUGGUUUUGAAUCACUUCACCAAAAAAAGAGAGACCGAAUGGAGUUUGAAUUCGCUACCACAGCAUUUUCUGAAUUGCCAAAUGAUGUAUACAGCUAUGCUUCAUGCAACCAGCUUUUUUCGAAUCAGCAUUAAUGUCUCGUCCGAUCACCGAACCCUGCUGGGCAUUUGGAACUCCUGCAUUUGUGUUAACUUCGACAUGAUUUUUUUUUAUGCCAUCUGCUUGAGACUUUUUCUUGGAAAGGGGUUUGAAUCAAGAACUGAAAUCAAGAAUUGUGGUGCCAGAUACAAUUGCUUUCGUCUGUGGAAACGGGAUUGAACGCACCUCAGAUAAUGAGUAGAUCGCUGAGUGCUCAGCUGGAGAAAGUUGGAGCCCUUCUCUCUUCUCGUCAAGGGGGUACCGCCCAGUUUUCUUAAAAAAUUAUGGGACAAAGGAGGGAGAAACACCAUUUUUUCUGUGUUUGUAGUCCUCACACGUGUUAAUCUUGUCAGCAGAGGAAAGUCCAAUAACACUGUAUGCUGCCCUCUAUUGCUGUCAUGUAGUCAGCCCACGUGUACGUAUGGUAUUGUAUGUUUCCAAGGCUAAAAUCUGAGAGACAAAAAACAUGGCUACUUUUUUUCAUAAACUGCAUUUCUGGACAUGUUUAAACCUGAAUAAAGGUACCCAUGUUGGUGUGAUGGUGAUUUGUGAACGAAGCAUGAAAUAAUGUACAGUUUCAGCGAAAAAAAUCCCCCAAAACGAAAACACAAUUUGAGGACUUUCAUGAAAGACAAACAAGCUUGUCACAAGUUGUCUGCAACAUUUUUUUGCCAAAAUUCUCAAAUUUUUUUUACAAUGUCAAAUUUAUCAAAUGAAUAGUUGGUACCAAGUUGUAUUGGUAUUUGCAGAGUUUGUGCUCUUACGAACACAAGCUUUAGUACACUAUCACUGCUUUCAGUAAUAGUCAAGUGUUUAUUGCUUUGCUAAGAAUGUAAAUGGCAGACAAGUUUUAGUCUUAAAAAACAAGUUGUCGUUUUCAGAGGUUCAUUUGACAAAAACAGAGAAGCAAGAAAACCGAACUUGACUGGUUACUUUCAAGUAUGUGAAGUCCAGCAUCAAAUGCCAUAUUCAACUGUAGAACAUUGUCACCCAUCUUAGAAUCUAGCGUGCAUAUAUGUGUGUUUGAAAUAUACUUCACAGUCAUAACAUGGUUGUCAUUUUUUUUUCAGGUUUUUUGGUGAAGUGAUGUAUUCAGUAUCAAUAAUCAAAAUCUUAUCAACACUUUGUGUAUUCCACCUUGUUUAUUUUUCAGCUUAAUUCUUAUUUUUUAAUUAAAAAUGUGCCAUUACUUUUUAAUUUAACUGUUCAUAAUACUCCUGUUAAUAUUGAAGUAUGGAAAAGUGUGAAAACUAUGCGUGCAUGUUAAAAAGAUGUAGGCAUUUUUAAAGUUGAACUUUUCGGAAACUUUCAAUUUUUCAUCAUUUUUUUUUUUUUGGUGAUGUUGUUUUCGUUUGUCAUAUUUAAUACCCUUAGUUCACAAUCUGUAGGUGAUUUUUUUUAAAGUAAUAUUCUCUCCCACCCUUGGGAUAAGCUGUUAAGUUCUUAAUCUAUUAACGAGAUUAAUGUGUCUGUAAAUAUAAACACUUUUUAACAAAAGAAAGGAAAAAGCAUUUCUUAAAUUGCCUUCCAAAUGUGGAUUUUAUUUAGGAUGUUAGAGGGUAACUCUGAAAAGGGGAGGAGUUUCGUUCACAAUGAAGGAGGGGUUGAGUUAACAUUUUUUUAUCUUGGCUUGCUUUUUACAGUAAUGAUAUUAUUGAUUUAUUGAGCACAGGAUUGGCAGUGUUUUAUUAAGGCUUGUUUUAACUUUAUCAAAGAUAAAAUAUUGAAAGACCAGCAUUUUUCAUAAAAUUCAAUUUUUUUUAAUUAAAAACUUCUGAGAUCACAGAUGAAAAUAACGCUGAUAUUUCACCCCAUAGAGAAGUUCAUCUUUUUUUGCCAAUCAUGUACUCAACUACCGAUUCAAUCAAAUAUUUUUGAGGUGUUUCUCCAACUAUUUAAAAGUAAAAAAAAAUGUCAAGACUAAAUGAAAUAUAGCAACCGUUGUAAGACACUACGCAACUUGCUGGCUAUUUAUUGUCACUAAAUGUUGAAUAUGUUUUUAUUUAACAUAAUUGUGGUUAAAUAUUUUUGGCAAAAUUGAGCUUUUUAGAGUGCUGUACAUUGGGAUCUUUCUUUCUUUUUUAUUUUUCAAUUCACAACUUGAAAUGGAUCUUUGUUGUUUGUAGUGCAUGCAGGCAUGCUGUGUCAGAUCUCAUAAGGCCAGGGUCAGUAGGAGUAGAACUUUUAAAAAUCAUGUUUUCGCAAGAUUUUAUUGCCAAAAUUGUUUGUUUUUUAAUGCUCUGCGCUCUUGACCUUGUUUUCCCUUUGCUGAACAUUUCAAUAAUUAAAAAGUAGGGCCUACUGCAAUGAUAUGAAAGAUUGUUGGUCUUUUCUCAAACCUCAACUUUGGGUGAGGCUUAUCAUCCGAAUCCGAGGUUUCAGCAAUGGCCAUAUUACAGUGGAUCAAAGUUCCUUCUAAAUCUUCGUAAUUCUUAUUUGUAAUGUCUCCCAAACAACAAAAGUGAAUACUUGCAAAUGAAAAGGUACAAAUUUUGAAUGCCCUUUGGUGUAGAACGUUCUCCUUACCUGGAAAGGCACAAAGUAAAGUUAAACCAAAUCACAGCGUUACGACUAAAUUAUUGAGCACAAUUCUAGCAUUUUGUGUUUGCACAUUGUGCGCAUUGUGGAUCAUGCGUUAUGCAAGCAUGUAAAGCCACUUCCUAUUGGUUGAACCACUGAAAUACUUUUUUUAUACUAAAGUAGGAAUGCUCUGAUUGGACAAGAGGUCACAGACUCACUCUCCUAACACCCACGGAGGUUCAUUUUAGUUGAUGCCUGAAUCCAAAAUCAUUGUACAUAAGGGAAAACAUAAAUAUGUGAGAAGGGAAACGUAUGUUAAUCAUGUGUGGUUGUUAUGCCCUAAUUGUUAGUUGAGAAUUAAUCAAACAUGAAAUUGACUGAAGAGAUUCUAACUUAUUUCGCAUUCAUACCCAAUUCAAAAUGACUAUAUUUUUAAGUGCAUUUCGUGUUUCUCCUGUACAUUACCGUUGGUGUGUCUGAGUCCUCUGUAGCGUUGGUAACUUGACUUCAGAGAGCAAGUUCCAAGCUCAAAAGAUCGCAUUUGGAAAAAUCAUUCAAGAAAUCCAAGCGUUUUAGGAAUAUUUGUUUUUGCUGCUUCACUUGUCAUGAAUCAAAUGCUGUGUUGACCAAUCUGUUAGGCUCUGUCCACUGUGCACGUGGGAAAGAACAGAUGUUAGUCUCCCUUGCAGCACUUUUAUGUUCCAGCUGCACGCGUCAUGUCCAUGUGCACGCGCAUGUUGGACUUUUGUGCGUGCAUGUUGCACAUUAAUCACAGCUGUGAUUGGUCAAUACAAGAUGGGGCAGAGCUAACGCUGGGCGAGUAACACGAUUACUCGAGUACUCACGAGUAGUUUAUGCUACUCGUUGUUCUACUUGCGAGUAGCAAUUGAAGGUUUAGGUUUCACAGGUUAAUACGUCCCCAGCAAACUGGGAAUCACUUCCUCCACCUCUCUCUCCGUAGGAUUCCAUUCGUCCCAAAAAAAAAAAAAAAGUAUUUACUUCCCGUCAUACUAACGUAUAUGUAAUUUUUCUGCUUUUAUGGGCAUUUGGUCAACUACUCGCGAGUACACAACUACUCACGAGUAAUUUUUUGCGAGUACUCGAGUAGAAAAAUUCACUACUCGCCCAGGCCUAGGCGGAGCUUAAUUGAACGAUCUUUUAGUCUGUGAAUCCGAUUUCGCCUGUAUGUUUAACAAUACUUGGCAAAGCUAAAUCCGCAAAUUUAUAUACAGAUUGUCGUAUUAUUUACGAUCUCUAAAGACUCCACGAAACUCCAGACAAUAAAAAUAAUAACUUAUUGGUUGCUGAGGUGAUUCUACGAACACAGAGGAAUGAAUCAAUUCAAGCUUUGGAUUAUCGAGGGACUAUCUUGUCCGUGCGUUGAUUAUCGUAAUUGUUGUGAUGUGGUCUGAGAUAUCCAAAGUUAAGUUAUGUUUUUCAACUGUACAAAAAAAAACGUUGCCAUAGCUAUGAAAUAGACACUGUAGAUUUAACUGUCUUGCGAUUUGUGUGUUCUACUGGUUUGUUUUCUUAUUUUUUAACUGUAGAAGUUUUUUGAGUUGUACCCCGUGUUACGUAAACAAUUCUUUUUGUGUGAGAAUUUGCUACGUUAUUCAUUUUCAAGGGUUUGCCACGAUCGAGGACGCUAUUCAUAGGCACCUAAAAGUGCCGAGUAACUUUUGUUCUUACAGUUAUUAUGUAUGCUGUUUUAUUUAUUUAAUUUUGGCUUAUGUUUGAUUUGGCUUUUUUAAAUCUUGUUUCUUGAUUGAUUUUUACCUCUGUCCUUUGAUGCAAGUUACAUUUAUACCGAUGAGUCACCUUGGUGUGGACUUCGUACCACUAACUAAAAUGGAUGAAAAGCAACGCAAACAAAAACCAAAUGGCUUUUAAAACUACUGUGCUUUUCAAAUCAAGGAAAAAAGUAUGUAAAUUUGAACCAUGGGCUACUCGGAUAUUUUUGACUUGUGCUUGUUUCUUGCCCUCUUAAAUUUUUUUGUUUCAUAUUUCUGUAAUCAAACUUUGGGCAUUCACAAGGAAAAAAACACACAGAGAAUGGUAGUGUGAAUUUUGUGACAUAUACACAGCAUUUUAGAAACAUUUUAAUGAGCUUCGCUGAAGGGGGAUGUGUUAUAUUGCUAUUUUGAUCUCUGUCCAAAGUAGGGAUGGACAAAGAAGGUUAAUGCGAACUUCCUUUUCACUACAUUAUCACUUGUGAAGAAAACUAAACUGAAUUGGAAUCGGCCUUUAGCCAGAAACUGAAAAUAGUUUCUGCCAACGAAAAAUUGAGUUUGCAUCUACCCCAGGCACAACAGCUUUUCUAAAAGCCUGUUGAAAUUUUGGGUUUCUUGUGUUAAUAAAUUAAUUACGUCAAAACAUCUAAAAGUAUUCCAGGCUACAUGUGUUCAUUAAUUGAAGAAAAAAAGAUUUCGCUUUUUCUUGACCAUGUAUAAAAGUUUUUUUUUUUUAAUUGAUGGGUGCUAUGCACGUGUAAUUAACCAGAGUGUAUGUAGAAAUUUAAAGGUCAUAAAUUCAGUUUAAAGAAAAAAAAAUUUACAAAAAAAAAAAGAAACCUCACUCUUAACAUGUGAACACUUUUUUGUACAUUGUACAGUCAUUGUAGAGCAGUCCGUGUGGAGAUACAAAGGGUUCAGAGUGCAAGGGUUAAAGGUGAAGUGUAGGUCAUAGGUCAUCUAAAUUUAAUAAAAAUCACUGUGUAAAUAGUAAAAAAAAUAAAUGAUAAUCAUCGAAAGUUCCUUUAACCCUUGCACUCUUUUUAUGUAGUUUUUGUAGAUUUAAGAAAAUGUUGCUUGUAUGGUUGAGCCUAUUGCCAGUGUGACAAUUUUCUGCUGUCACUGUGGCAGCCAUUUUGGUUGCUAUGCACAUGGGAAAUGUUUUUUUGGUGUGGCUCCAAAAUAGUCAGGUGCCUGUACUGAAAAAUGCACAGAAAUUGAAGUCUCUAUUGAAGCCUACUGUGGCAGCCAUCUUGGUUGCUAUGCACAUGGGAAAUUUUUGUGAGGCUCCAAAAUAGUCGGGUGCCUGUGAUGAUGACUGAAAGUAUCCAUUGAGGCCUCUGGAGAGUAGACAAAAUGGCUGCUGUUUUCACCGUACAAGCAACACUUCCUUGCAAUUAUUUAGUUGAACUGUGCAUUCACGUGUACCAGUUUUCUCAGUCUCAUAGCCUAGCGAUAUUGAGCUGCGUAGAAAACAAAAAAACGCAGACUUUUAACUGUAGAGCAGCACCCGUGUUGGUGUUGAGAAUACUUUAAAAAGUGUUAACCGAUUCUUGAAGGCUGCUUUUGACAGCCAAUGACUGCUGUAAAUCACUGUAAUUAUUACCAUUGUCUUUGAGGAGACCACCGUACCUACCCUACAACAAAAGAAAGAAAAAAAAAGAUGGUUUGUAAUAAUAAACACAUUGGUGGAAAAUGA